AGACUCAAUAUACAUUUACUAGCCAACAGUCCGUUUAUGUGUAGAUUAACGAUAGGAAAGCAUUUGUCGGUUUUAAACGGUAUCGUUACACUACCAUAUUUGUCCCGCUUGUGGACUCUGCGACCCUGCUGAACCUGUGACGUCAUUAGAGGGCGCCUCUUCCCCGUUGGCUCGAUACCGCUUUCUAUGGUGUUGUCUACGUUUGAGGGUGAAAAUAUCUAGCGGAAAAGCUCGGAUCUGGUUUUCCUGCUCUGUAUCUUCGCCCUUGUUGUGAUGGAGUGUCCGCAUCUCAGCGCCACGGUGUGUGUGGCGGUGGAUCCCAACCGCUUCCCUCACGGCUCACCUUCUUCAUGGUGUUGCAGUGUUUGCCGGUCAAAUAAAAGUCCUUGGGUUUGCCUCACCUGUUUGAAUGUACAUUGUGGAAGGUACGUCAAUGGCCAUGCUAAGAAGCAUUUUGAGGAGGUUCAGUGUUCACCAACUGGGCAGAAGAAAACAGAGAAGCUUCAACAGCAUUCUGUGUGCAUGGACUGCAGCAGUUAUAGUACAUUCUGUUACAGAUGUGAUGACUUUGUGGUGAAUGACACCAAGCUGGGCCAGGUGCAGAGGGUGAGGGAGCAUCUUCAGAGUUUGGAAAUCUCUGUGAUGACUUCUGACAGACAGAGGAAAAGAAAACUGUCGGGGAGUUCCUCUCCUGACCUCAGGAUGCCUGCAGAUGGUGAAGGGCCCCCUGCUCGGAGUGCCACUGGCCUCCGCAACCUGGGCAACACUUGCUUCAUGAAUGCCAUCCUCCAGUCUCUUGGUAACAUUCCCGAGUUUAGCUGCUACUUUAAAGACAUGCCAGCAGUAGCACUGCGGAGCGGAAAGACUGCAGGAAGGAGAAUGUACCACACCCGAAGCCAAGGGGACAGCAGUGUGUCCCUGGUAGAGGAGCUCAGGAAAACCCUUUGUUCCCUUUGGCAGGGAAGUCAGACUGCAUUUAGCCCAGAUGCUCUGUUCUAUGUCAUCUGGAAAAUUAUGCCAAGUUUCAGGGGCUAUCAGCAGCAGGAUGCCCAUGAGUUCUUGCGGUACCUACUGGAUCACCUCCACAGAGAGCUACAGGGCAGUAAGAACGGGUUGCCUGGGUCUAGCGUGCUCCCAGACCUUAACUCAGGAAGCAAAUGCAGCAUUAACGGUGUUCCAACUAUGGUCACUGAUGUAUUUGGUGGUGUCCUGCACAGUGAAGUAAACUGCUUGAUCUGUGGCACAGAGUCGAAGAAAUUUGACCCAUUUUUAGACCUCUCCUUGGACAUUCCCAGCCAGUUUAGAGUAAAAAGGACAAAGGACCAGGAACCAGGGCCCAUGUGCACUUUGAGAGACUGCCUUUUUAGUUUCACUGACCUGGAGGAACUUGAUGAAACGGAGCUCUACAUGUGCCAUAAAUGUAAAAAACGACAAAAAUCCACAAAGAAAUUCUGGAUUCAGAAAAUGCCUAAGGUCCUGUGUUUGCAUCUAAAGAGGUUUCACUGGACAGCUUUUCUAAGAAAUAAAGUUGAUACCUAUGUGGAGUUUCCACUGCGAGGCCUUGACCUGACUUGCUACUUACUGGAGUCUGAAAACAGUCUCCAUGAGAAUUGCCUGUAUGACCUUGCUGCAGUAGUGGUGCAUCAUGGGUCUGGGGUGGGAUCAGGUCAUUACACAGCAUAUGGUCUACAUGAGGGCUGCUGGUAUCACUUUAAUGACAGCACUGUGACUGUAGUCAGCGAGGAGACUGUAGCCAAAGCCAAGGCUUAUAUUCUGUUCUACACAGAGCGGAGAGAGCAGAACAACCCGGGCUCUGUGACCAAGCCGAAGCUUUAAUCAGCCUUACUUUACCAUGAAGCCUUCGGACUGAUUGUCCACAUUUCCUGCACGCAGUUACACGCUGAGCUUCAGUUAUAUCACCUGUAGCACCUCCAUCACACCUCAGUAAAAACUAAACGCUGCUGUGUUUAUCAUUUAAAAAAAACAAACAAAAAAAAAAAAAAACAUUCCUAAUGUUGCCUUUCAUUGUUUUUGUCCAUGUGUACUGGUGGAUAGUGGUGUAGAAACUGGAUCAGAAAAAUUAAAUUGUUUAAUGUGUUUUUCAGAUAUUGGCCACUUCUUUUAACAUUAGAUCACUUUGGCGUCAUAAAGGUUUUUAUGUAAAUGAACUAAAUUUGAGUAUUUUUAUUUACUGUUGUUUGUCAGGAUAAAGGCAUUUCUAACUUGAUACUUCUUAAAACUUGAAUAAUCAAAAUUUGUGUAAAGAUGUUCCCUUUUCACCUUUGUAUUGCACAGACAGUUUACUUUUACAGUCGACUUCACCUCAUAUAUGUGAGAGUUUUGAUUAAAGGGAAAAUGUUGAGGCCGUUACAUUUUAAUUAUUUAUACUGAUUUAUAACAAGUGCAGCCAUACUUUUUGCUUUAACCAUUGAUUCUACGAUGGCACAUGAGCACUGCUGAUUUUAUGUGAUUGUUUAUAGAAGCAGUAAAUAGACAUCAGUUUACAAAAAA